AUGGCUCUUUCGAGGAGUCCCUCUGGGAAGAUCUUUUCUUCUCCAAUCUUGUCCAUAUUAUGUUUAUUUUAUAUCUUCACUUCCACAGCACUGGCUGCAUCGGCAGUUUUGGGUGUUGAUCUUGGGACAGAAUAUAUCAAGGCAGCUUUAGUGAAACCCGGUAUUCCACUCGAAAUCGUUCUCACGAAAGACUCUCGUCGAAAAGAAACAUCCGCCGUAGCUUUCAAGCCCUCGAAAAACCCAGUCAGCGGUUCGUUCCCAGAACGAGUUUACGGUUCAGAUGCGGUAGCUUUGGCUGCACGAUUUCCUGGAGAUGUCUAUCCUAACCUCAAGCCCCUCUUGGGAUUGAAGACGGAGAAUGAUCUGAUUAAAGAAUAUGGAAUUAGACACCCGGCUUUACAAUUGGAGGCGGACAAGAUACGAGGUACAGCAGCUUUCCGAAGCGGUGCAUUUGCUGCAGAUGAGCAGCCAUGGUCUGUCGAGGAAAUCUUAGCAAUGGAAUUGCAGAGCAUUCAAAAGAACGCCGAGGCUCUAGCAGGUAGCAAAGUCAAUAAUUUAGUCAUUACCGUCCCAGUCUUUUAUACCACGGAGGAGAAGAGAGCUGUUCUUUUGGCGGCAGAUUUGGCCGGUCUUCGAGUUUUGGAAUUGAUCAGUGAUGGAUUGGCUGUCGGUCUCAAUUACGCUACCUCCCGAACUUUCCCAAGCAUCAACGAAGGAGGAAAGGCCGAAUACCACAUGAUUUUUGAUAUGGGCGCCGGAUCUACAAAGGCUUCAAUCUUGCAGUUCCAAGGACGAACCGUAAAGGAUGUCGGAAAGUUCAACAAGACAAUUCAAGAAGUAAAGGUCAUUGGCAGUGGAUGGGAUAGAACGCUCGGAGGUGAUGCUCUCAACGCUGUCAUCGUCGAUGAUAUGAUUGCACAAUUUGUCGAAUCUCCCAAGGCACAAAAGGUAUCAGCAACUGCCGAGAAGGUCCAGGCUCAUGGAAGAGCUGCUGCAAAGUUGUGGAAGGAAGCCGAACGUUUACGACAAAUUCUCAGUGCCAAUGCCAAUACUCAAGCUAGUUUCGAAGGACUUUACGAAGAUGUUGAUUUCAAAUACAAGAUUAGCCGAGCUGACUUCGAAAAACUCGCCGAGGAUCAUGCUGCUCGAGUUGGUACAGUCAUUGAGAAGGCUUUAGAUCUUGCCAAUCUUGAGAUCAAGGAUCUUGAUUCUAUCAUUCUUCAUGGAGGUGCGAUCAGAACUCCAUUCGUUCAGAAAGAGCUUGAGAAGAUUGUUGGAGGUUCCGACAAGAUCCGCACCAAUGUCAAUGCCGAUGAAGCCGCCGUUUUUGGUGCUGGAUUUAGAGGUGCCGGACUCAGUCCUUCGUUCAGGGUCAAGGAAAUUCGAAGUUACGAUGGUGCUUCUUAUGCCGCUGGUAUUAAAUACACUGAUAUUCACAAGAAGCCAAGGCACAUGAGAUUAUACGAACCGACAACUAAUGUCAACGCGGAGAAGCAAUUUACUUUCGAAAAUCAUGAAGAAUUUACUGUUGAUUUCUAUCAACAUGUUGCAUCAUCCGAGAAAGUAUCGCCGGGAUCCGCAGAAAAGAAAUUGAAAGCCAUCACUACACAAAAUUUGACAGAGUCUGUAGCUCUUUUGAAAGAGAAACACAAUUGCGAGAACAAGGAUAUCAGAGUCCAUUUAAGCACUCGUGUUAGUCCUGUCAACGGUGAAAUGGAUAUCAUGAAAUUCGUCGUUGACUGUGAGGUUGAAGAGAUAGAGAAGGAGAGUAUGGUCGAUAGUGUCAAGGGACUUUUCGGAUUUGGAAAGAAAGAUCAAGCACCAUUAGAGGAUGGUAAGGAAUCUACCGACAGCUCUAGCACCACCGAAAGUUCGACUACAUCUAAAAAAGCCACCUCAUCUUCCAGCUCUAAAUCUUCCUCAAAAUCCGCCUCCGCAUCAGCCAAGGACAAGGAAGCCGCCAAGAGCAAGAAAACUUUAAUUGUCAUUCCAUUGAAAUAUGAAACAGAACUCAAAGGUCUUCCAGAAGUUCCAGCUUCCGAAAUCACCAGAAUGAAAGAUCGUAUCGCUGCGUUUGAUGAUUCCGACCGAUCCCGUCGUUUACGCGAAGAAGCUUUGAACCAAUUGGAAGGAUUCACAUACAAGGCAAGAGACUUCCUUGACAAUGAAGAAUUCGUCGCCGCAUCUACCGAAGCCGAACGAUCAGAUCUAGAGAGCAAAUCUAAGGCGGCAAGUGAAUGGAUUUAUUCUGGUGGUGCCGAUGCAUCUCGUGAUGAACUUAAAGCCAAACUCAAGGAAAUGAAAGACAUCGUUACACCAAUUCAAAAGCGAAGAGAAGAAGCCGCUGGCCGACCUGAACAUUUGAAAUCUCUCAAGGACGCACUAGAGCAAACUAAAUCGUUCAUUGCCGGUGUAAGAGAGCAAAUCAAAAAUGAAACAGAGGCCCAUUCUUCCUUCAGCGCAUCUAAAUCCAGCGCUUCAGCCAGUUCCGAAACAGCAUCCACAGCCACUGUUGAUGAUUUCGCCGAUCUCGAAGAUGAAGAGAAUGCUGGUUCCGCUUCAUCAACAGUAACUGCUCCUCCCGAAGAAGAAACUAUGGAGCCACCAGUCUACAACGAAGCUGAUCUCGCAGCUCCUCAAGCACUUUACGAUGAUAUCUCUCAAUGGCUCUCGGAACUUGUCGCUCAACAAGAAAAACUCGCUGCUACAGCUGACCCUGUUCUUCUUAUCAAGGAUCUCGCCGAAAAGACCAAACAACUUCAAGAUAUUGGUGUAGAACUCAUCAUGAAGAGUAUGAAACAACCAUACAAGACUGCUCGCAAGCCAACUAGCAAACCCGAGAAGAAGAAGUCCACAAAAUCGAAGUCAAAGACGAAGAAGAGUAAGAAGACUGGAACUGCAACUGCUGAUGGAGCAGAUGCGACAAUUGAUCUGGGCUUUGGAGGACCAGAUGGAAAGGCUGGAAAGGGUGAUGAAGGAACCGAAGGAAAGCCUAUUUUCAAGGUGGGGGAGAAUGAUGAGAUGCCUAGUGAAGAACAAAUUUUGGAAGCAAUUAGAAAGGCAAAGGAUGAUAAGAAGGAAGAAGGGGUUAAGCAUGAAGAACUGUAG